UUUGUAGCACAUCAGUAUGCUUUCAAACAUUUCAACGUCAACAUCGGCAGUGGAGAAAAUCUAAAAUGUUAUCAAAAAUAGUGAGAAGACAACGCUGUAAUCGUUUAAAUAUUUGGACACAUAAAGAAUUCUCCACAGCUAUUGAUAUAAAGCCUGACCUUUCGGCUCUGGAAACUUCCUAUGUCAGCGAUUUACAAAAAGAAUGGCAAGCAGCCAAACCAUUUGCAGGAAUACCUGGUCCAACACGAUUUCAAAUGGUUCGUGGUUUCAUGAAAGGUGGUGAUUUUCACGAUAAACCCUUUGAUGCUGUUUUGGGUCUCUUUCGUGAGCGUUAUGGUGAUAUUUAUUUGAUGCCUGGAAUGUUUGGCCAAAAUACAAAUUUGAUCACCUUUAAUUUGAAGGAUCAUGAGAAAAUUUUUCGCACCGAAGGCGCAUAUCCCUUAAGACCGGGUAAUGAAUUGACUCUAGAUUAUCGUUUGACUCGAAAGGACGAUCUAUAUGAUGAGGAUAACUUGGGUGUUGUUGGACAUGGCUCGCAAUGGAGUAAAUUUCGUCAUGCUGUAAAUCCAGUCCUAAUGCAACCCAGAAAUACGGUGCUCUACAUUGACCCCGUUGCUAAAGUGAAUGAAGAUUUUAUAGAAAGAAUACAUGAAAUUCGCGAUCCCAACACCCUAGAAGUUCCUGGCAAUUUCCUUACCGAGAUUAAACGUUUAGCAUUUGAUUCGGUGGCCUCCAUUGCAUUGGACAAACACUUUGGCCUCGUUAGCAACAAAAGCUCUGUACCAGAAGCUCUAGAAUUAUUUGACAAUUUCCAAGUUUUUUCAUUAGCUAUGUACGACUUGGGCAUAAAGCCCUCAAUUUAUAAGUACUUUAAGACACCCACUUACCGACGUUUCGAGAAUUCAAUGGACAGAAUAACCCAUAUAUGUCGAAAAUUCGUUGAUGAAGCUUUGGAGCGUAUCGAAAAAAGUGGAGGAGAAGGUAAAAGUGUUUUAGAGAAAUUAGUAAAAAUCGAUCGCAGAAUUGCCGUAAUCAUGGCCGUGGACAUGUUAAUAGCUGGGGCCGAUACUACAGCCACAAUUAUGUCGGGAGCCCUACUGUGUUUGGCCACCAAUCCGGAUAAACAACAAAAGCUGCGUGAAGAGAUACUGAAUACUAUUGGCAAAAACGAAAAAUUCACCAUGGAAAAUAUGAAAAAUCUUCCCUACUUGAGGGCUUUCAUUAAGGAGUCCUUGCGCAUAUAUCCUUUGGUGUUCGGAAAUCUACGAAGUACGGGCAUGGACCUAUGUUUAAGUGGCUACCAAAUACCCAAAGGAACCAAUGUUAUAAUGACUUCAAAUAUGUUGCUACAAGAUGAAGCCUACUUCAAUAGUCCCAAGGAAUUUUUGCCUGAACGCUGGUUACGUUCCAACAACGAAGAAUUAUCGGAUGGUGCCUCUCUUAAGUAUAACAAUCCAUUUAUAUUUUUACCUUUUGGUUUUGGGCCACGUUCGUGCGUUGGAAAACGUAUUGUUGACUUGGAGAUGGAAAUAACGCUGGCCAAUAUUGUACGCAAUUUUCAGAUCGAAUUCAAUUACUCAACGGAAAAUGCAUUCAGUACAUACUUCAUGAACACAUGUACAAUACCCUUGAAGUUUAAAUUUACAGAUUUGAAAUAAAAACUACUUGAAAAUUAAAGCGAA